AUGGAGCGAGGCUCCCAGAAAACCCCAAGAGAGGUCUCAUGGCCAGAAGGUGUGAAAAACGGAGGCGCCAGCAGUAGUUUGUCUGCGGUGUGUUUUAACAAGUCUGGUGAGUCUGCCACCUGGGAAAUAGACUUGGUCGGUAUUUUGUCUCCAAACGAGUGGCGGUGCUUUGAAGGUCAACGUGCGUUGACGGGAUGUAAGGCAAACUCAUCUGCCCCAGAUGGUGGCUCGGUGGGAUCAGCUGUUACCUACCCCUUCGCCGGCAUCACUACCCCUCCCGUUGCCGUUGUUAACCCUCCCGUUGCCAUUGUUACCCCUUCCGUUGUCAGUGUUACCUACCCCUUCGCCGGCAUCACUACCCCUCCCGUUGCCGUUGUAGCCCCUCCCAUUGCCAUUGUUACCCCUCCCGUUGCCAUUGUUACCCCUUUCGUUGUCAGUGUUACCUACCCCUUCGCCGGCAUCACUACCCCUCCCGUUGCCGUUGUUACCCCUCCCGUUGCCAUUGUUACCCCUUCCGUUGUCAGUGUUACCUACCCCUUCGCCGGCAUCACUACCCCUCCCGUUGCCGUUGUUACCCCUCCCGUUGCCAUUGUUACCCCUUUCAUUGUCAGUGUUACCUACCACUUCGCCGGCAUCACUACCCCUCCCGUUGCCGUUGUUACCCCUCCCGUUGCCAUUGUUACCCCUUUCGUUGUCAAUGUUACCUACCCCUUCGCCGGCAUCACUACCCUUCCCGUUGCCGUUGUUACCCCUCCCGUUGUCAUUGUUACCCCUCCCGUUGCCAUUCUUACCCCUCCUGUUGCCAUUGUUACCCCUCCCGUUGCCAUUGUUACCCCUCCCGUUGCCAUUGUUACCCCUUCCGUUGUCAGUGUUACCCCUCCCGUUGCCAUUGUUACCCCUCCCGUUACCAUUGUUACCCCUUCCGUUGUCAGUGUUACCCCUCCCGUUGCCAUUGUUACCCCUUCCGUUGUCAGUGUUACCUACCCCAUUCGCCGUCAUUUACCCUUCUGUUGCCGUUGUUACCCCUUCCGUUGUUAG